UCCUUUAUUUUACCUCACUCUCCGAACCGCAAAUCCCAAAACCCAGCAUUUCCCACUCUUAAUUAGGAAACCCAGAAUCGAAAGUUUGAAAAUUUUUGGUUUAUUUUUGUAUAUUUAUUGAGGGGGAAGGAGGGAUGGAUUCAGAUCAGGGAAAGCUUUUCAUUGGAGGGAUUUCGUGGGACACCGACGAAGAUAGGCUCAAGGAGUACUUUGGUCACUAUGGUGAAGUUUUGCGGACUGUUGUUAUGAGAGAUAAGAUUACUGGGAGACCUAGAGGAUUUGGGUUCGUUGUCUUCUCAGAUCCUGCGGUUCUUGACACGGUGCUCCAGGAUAAGCACACCAUCGAUGGUAGAACGGUUGAGGCCAAGAGGGCAUUGUCCAGGGAGGAGCAGCAAACUUCUGCUAGGUCUGGAAAUGUUAAUAUGGGUAGAAAUUCUGGAAGUAGUGGUGCUAUCAGGACCAAGAAAAUAUUUGUUGGAGGGUUGCCACCCAAUUUAACUGAAGACGGGUUUCGCCAAUAUUUUGAAACUUAUGGUCAUGUGACUGAUGUAGUGAUCAUGUAUGAUCAGAAUACCCAAAGACCUAGGGGAUUUGGGUUCAUUUCUUUUGACACAGAAGAUGCAGUGGACAGGGUUUUGCACAAGACUUUUCAUGAUUUGAAUGGGAAGCAAGUUGAAGUGAAGCGAGCUCUUCCUAAAGAUGCCAGUUCCAGUGGCAUUAGCCGUACUGGCAGUGGUGGUGGAGAUUAUCAGGGCUAUGGCGCUUCUGGUGGCAAUGCUAGUUCUUAUGACAGUCGUAUGGACUCCAAAAUGUACAUGCAGCCUCAGAGUGCUGCUGGUGGUUUUCCUCCUUAUGGCUCAUCUGGGUAUGGCACACCUGGAUAUGGGUAUGGUCCUGCUAGUAAUGGUGUUGGUUAUGGUGGAUAUGGAAGUUAUGCUGGUGCAGGUGCUGCUUAUGGUGGUCCUGCAGGUGCAGCCUAUGGGAAUCCCAAUGCUGGUUAUGCUGGUGGUCCACCAGGUGCCCCUAGAAGUUCAUGGGGUGCACAGGCCCCCUCUGGUUAUGGUACCAUGGGAUAUGCCAAUGCUGGUCCUUGGGGUGCUGGUAGUGGUGCUGUUUCAGCACCUACUGGUCAAUCUCCUGCUGGAGCAGCUGGGUACGGGAGUCAAGGUUAUGGGUAUGGUGGGUAUGGUGGAAACGAUGGGUCUUAUGGCAAUCCAGCUGGAUAUGGAACUGUUGGAGGACGCUCUGGAGGUACCCCAAAUAGCAAUGCUGGAUCAGGUGGGGGAGAACUACAAGGAAAUGGUGGUGGUUACAUGGGAAGUGGUUACAGUGAUGGAAAUGGAAAUGGUUAUGGAAAUUCUUCAUGGAGGUCUGAUCCAUCGCAAACUUCAGGAAACUAUGGAGCUCCUCAGGCAAAUGGUCCCCAUGGUGGACAAGUUGGUUAUGGUGGUGGAUAUGGUGGUACUCAAAGCCGACAAGCCCAACAACAGUGAUUCAACCACUUAAGUCCCUACUGGAUCUUCAUUUCUCUCUCGUGGAUAACCUUCUCUUUACUCGUGAUCAUGAAUGUUUCUUAUUUCCAGAAGCAAGCAGAGAGGUUUCGGUUGACUGCCAGAUCACUUUGGGACCGGUUUGAAUCCCAGUAGUUUGCAGUAUCUAUUUUGCUAGUCGUAAUAAGUAGUUUCAAGGCAUGCAAGAUGCCCUUACUUAAUUUUCCUACUGAGUGUAGUUUAAAUUUGGUUUGCUUUAUAUUUGUCUACUUGCUGCCCUGGUACUUUUCCUAUCUAUCGUAGCGUUUAAGCCCUAUUACUUCAUAUGUCUUUGUCUUAGCCUCUUGCUAUUUCAGUAUUUUGUGGUUAAUUAGUUCAUCAAGGAAAUCAUUGGUAGAUAGUUAUGCUUGAUGUCUUGAAUUGAUAUGAAAAGUAGGGUAUGGGGAUGUACUGACGAUUUUAACUGAUAGCAGUGAAGCUAUGGACCACUUGGGUUGAUCACUUCAUAAUGGUAGCGAUAAACGUAGUGGUAGUGACACAUGAGGAUGAUAUAAUCAUUUUCCCCCUGUAUUUGCCCUUGUGUUGUACAGGAGGAGAGAUGCUUGAGUUCUAAGGUGGGGUCAAGUUUCCACUCAUGGCUGAACCCGAGCUUCAUUGUGUGGGUUGUUCCAUUUGGUGUUAUGUUCAGCAAGGAAUGCAACUGAAGAGGACAUGCGUGGUUGGGAGUUAUGAACUAACCUGAGAGAUCAUUUUCCACUUGGGUGUCACCACUGCUACCAAAUUUGCAAUUCUUGGCUUUUCAAGACCUUUCCUGUCAUUCAUCCAGGUUGUGAGGAUUUAGUCAAUACAAUUGAAUCUGUGAAAUCAACAUCCUGGGGUAUGUUGACUUAAAACUGUUCAAUGUCAGACGGAGAUUUCUUUUUGUUACCAUCUCUUUAGGCUGCCAUUUUUUCAUUGAAGUAGAUCAUAUCAGGAAUAUAGUCCUUGGAGAUUC